AUGGGGAGGUUUGGUGAUGCUGCGGCGGACUUCACGCACGGCGCUGCCCCGGCGAACGCGCCCGCCUCGCCCUCCAAGCACAGCAAGUUCUUGGACAGUAUAAACCAGGAUCAGAAGGGGGCGGCCAUAAGCAACAAGCCGGGGUUUUAUGACAGCAACUCGGAAGUCAGAGAGAAAGGAGCUCCAAAGAACAUGGGCUAUCCUGGCAUUGGCACGGACUGUUGUGGCAAGCUGAAAGAGCCGGGUGGCGGUUUACAUGGAGACUCUAUCGCCGACUCCAUCGACCUAUCAGGCAAGAACAAGAAGCGGCGCAAUCGCACCACCUUCAGCACCUUUCAGCUGGAGGAGCUGGAGAAGGUGUUUCAAAAGACACACUACCCUGACGUGUAUGCCCGGGAGCAGCUGGCCCUGAGGACCGAGCUCACCGAGGCGCGGGUUCAGGUUUGGUUCCAGAAUCGUAGAGCCAAGUGGAGGAAACGGGAACGCUAUGGGAAGAUCCAGGAGGUCCGCAACCACUUUGCUACAUAUGACAUCUCUCUUCUCCCUCGCCAUGACACAUACCAGAUGCAGGGCAACCUGUGGCCGGGGGCGGCUUCAGGAGGAGGCGGAGGUUCAGGUGCCGGUUGUGUCCUAGGAGCGGACUCCAUCCCCUCGUCCUGCAUGAGUCCGUACCCUCACCCCCACGGCAAUCUGCAGGGCUUCAUGGGCAUGCCCCCAUCCUCCGGCCAUCCCCAUCACCACCACCCGCCUCACCAUCCGGGCAUCAACGGCCUCUACUCGCUCCACAGCUUCCCGGGAGGCCUCGGGUCCCCUUCCAUUGAGGGGCCCGACACCGAAUACAAGCCAACGGGCCUGGUGGCGCUGCGGAUGAAAGCCAAAGAGCCAGGCAGCAUCCUCUCCUGGCCUACAUGA